AUAAAAGGGGCAAUAUAUAUAUGGUUUAUGAUCAUCAGAGGCAGUAAGAAGAUGGCCUGAUUGACGGCUGUGUUCCAGCGUUGGUGAAUUAUGUAAUCCAUCUUCAAGGUGGGCUUGGAAGGUUGGCUUGAGAACCACCCUGCCUGGUCUUCCUACAAGUUACAGUCGACUCAGGAGUUCCUUCGUCCCGUCUACACCUCACUUCCAACUAUGAGUAGCAGUAUUAACGACGUUUUAGACCAAGCUGCUGGGAAAGCCCAGAGUUCCCAGGGCGAGUCAUUAGCAACCUUUCUUGCAUCUCUUACAACAUCUGGAGCAAUUCUUGCAUUGGGGCUUAUGGCGUACAUACUUCUUCGAUGGAAAUGUCCCGAGUACUAUCAUCAACGAGCAUGCCAGGUCCCGGGGACAAAGUGGAAGCCAGUCCCACUACAGCUGCGAAUGCUCUUCUCGCCGAUUCCAGACCCCGAGCUGAAACAUGCGUCUGGUUUCCAAAACUACCUCUUCGACCGAUACUUACAGACUGUAUUGAAGCUUUUCAUCGUUCUUAGACUGGUAAUACUGCCAGUGCUUCUUCCUUUGAAUGUGGUUGAUGGCAGGAAUGAACUUGGAGGUGUUCGAGGGUUGGAUCGUUUCAGCUAUUCUAAUAUUGGUCUUUCGCACACUGGAAGAUACUGGGCCCACCUGAUACUUGCCACGUUUGUCAUCAUUUUGAUAUGCCACACCAUUCAGAGUGAACUCUUGGUUUAUGCUAGACUCCAGAGUAGAUUUGGGUGGGACGGCUGCGAAGGGUCCUGUCUCCUCCUUACCUCCACAUCAGCAAAGCAACUCUCCGCCAACACAAUCAAGCGACGUUUUCGUAGUAUAUGUGGGGGCGUACAUGGAGUAACGAUAAAUCGGAAUCUUUCUAGUUUACGUACGAAACUAUGCCGUCGAGACGUGUUGAUAAGGAAGCUGGAAGCUGCAGAGACUAAACUCAUUGUCAAGGCAAAUCAUCAGAGGAAGGUUCUUCAGCGAUUGGAGGGUAACGACCCUGACGACGAUAGCACGUCUUUGCCUCCUUGGAUGAAGUACCUGCAUCACGAUGAUCGCCCGUUGCUGCGACUCCCACUCUCCCCAUGGCUGCCGGUCAUACCUCUUCUGGGCCCUCGCGUGGAUGCUAUCCAUCAUCUGCGUGCGGAGGUUGCGCGACACAAUCUCGAGAUCGAUCGGUAUCAACUCCACCCAGAUGAGUUUCCUCCGAUAAACUCAGCUGUGGUAUAUUUCAACAGAACCCUUUCAGUACCGCUUGCGGCUCUGGCGCUCAAGGCUCGAGUUCCCCCAACAUGGACACUCAAGCAGGGAACUGUGGCGACCGAUACGAUUUGGCGGAACGUGUCGAUAAGCUGGUGGCAGCAUUGCAUUCGAACAUCCAUUGUCUAUUCCCUCGUCGCCUUGCUUACCGCUGGUUUCGCAUUCCCCGUUACAAUCAUAGGGUCGAUUUCUCAGAUCGAAUACCUGGUGAAGGUAGUGCCAUGGUUACGAUGGAUCGAUUCGACCCCAAGUUCGCUAGUAGCGACCAUUCAAGGAGUCUUGCCCCCUGCAAUGCUAGCCCUGAUCACCGCCGCUGUCCCAGUUGUAAUACGCCUGCUGGCGAACAUACAAGGACAUCAUUCGCGUCAAGUUGUCGAAAAUCACGUUCAGAUCUACUACUUUACGUUCUUGUUUGUGCAGGUAUUCCUCACCGUUUCCCUCUCAGCAGGUAUCACAACUCUCGUCGGAGACUUAAAAGACAACAUCGCGUCGACGCCGGUAGUCCUUGCCCAAAAUUUGCCAAAGGCAUGCAAUUACUUCUUCUCUUACAUCCUGAUACACACAUUCACGACCGUUGUCUCGACUCUCGUAGAAGUUAACAAAUUUCUGUCCGUAUUCAUUCUCUCCCCUCUAUUUGAUAAGACGGCCCGAGACAAGUGGGCAAGAAGCCAAAGUGUAGGCCUGCAGAACUGGGGAACGUUCAUACCUGUACUCACGAAUGUUGCAUGCAUAGUGAUUGCCCCUCUUAUUCUAGUCUUCGGUAUCAUCUACUUUGGGAGUCUUUGGCUGCUCUAUCGAUCCCAUCCACCGAAGCUCACAGAAGCGGGUCUCACUCCUAGUGGUUUGUUUUACCCUACUGCAAUACGCCAGCUGUUCACAGGCGUCUAUUUUAUGGAACUGUGCUUGACCGGUUUGUUCUUUCUUGUGCGCGACACGGACGGCAAAGCUACUUGCACUGCGCAAGCAGUUCUCAUGAUAUUCGCCACAUUGUUGACCGCAUUGUUCCAUUGCACCUUGAACCACGGACAUAAGCUACACUGGCUGCCGUUUGUGAGGGCUAUCAAGCAGCCAGCGGAUCAAGCUGAUAUUCAAGCAGUCUUGCCCAAGAUAUCUCAAUCGGACUCCAGAGAUGAAGCUCUGACCUCGGCUCGUCCUGUCAUUUGGAUCCCGAAGGACGACUUAGGCGUUGCUGAUGAUGAGAUUAUCCAUAUAAGGAAAACUUACGAUAGCAUCUGGAUAAGCAAUGAAGGCGCGUCCCUGGAUGCGCAAGGCAGGCUGAUAGUUUGGGGGGAUCCUCCAGCUACUUCGGAGGAAAACUGUCGAUCCGGGUAUUGAUUGGACGCAGCCCAUAUAUGCACGGGCCACCACAGGAAACUUUCCUAUCAUGGCUCGUGCAUAAGUCUCAGUCCAAGACAAAUUGCUCUCUUAUCGAUGCCAACAUCUAUUUGCUACAUGCGCUGCAAACACAGGUUUUUCCUUGCCCUCGCAGAAAGUUGGUUCCGCAGAAGGCAGUGAUUUCUUCAUCAUGUGAUAUGUCCCUGACUGCAACAAUCAUUUGUCUCCACGUCCCAGAUAUCUUCAUUACCUUGAACUCUGCUGACGGAUCGCACGAGUGAUUGACUUUCCUAACCCAGUUUCCCAUCUUUUUGGAAUAGAUCUGCGCGACAGGCUCGUCGCUAAGAUCAGGCCUUCUGAACUCCGUGGCCCAGCCAUCAUUAAAUGUGUCAAGAGGCACAAACUCUCCAAGAAGCUCCCCCAAGAUUUGGUCUUUUCUGUAUAUACCAACCGCUCGAACGCCUUGGCCCUUUCCAGGCUCGUUACUGAUUCGAGGUCGAGUCUGAGGCAAGCAUGAAAAAAUGCAAUUGCAAUCUCCUUCGCUGCAGAGCUCACAUCGAGAAUCAGAAGGGGGAACCCAGCUAGGGGGUCUGGGCCAUGCCCAGGGCCAACAGUCGGGCUUCGGCCAUUCAUAUUUCGCGACCUCGUUUUCUUCUAUCGAAUGGAACUCCCGCAUGAAAGGAGCUAGCUCCUUAGCGGAUAAUCGAUCGAGUUCUUGGGGAUCCUCGCUCUCCCAUUCGAAUUCUGGAAUCUCUGUGUUUUGCCAGAUCGACAUUUGGAGGAUGUCUCCAAUUCGAGAUAGGGGCAUUGAAUGAUCGGAGCUUAACAACGAGUGGAACUGCUGUAUAUCGUGCUGACUUAAUUCAUAAUACAUACGGCCAGAAAUCCUUUGAGUGGCUUCCCUAUCUUCUCGAUUCGGUGGAAUGAGACACAAGAGGCCGUCGAAAUUGCCGCAAAGUCUUCUCCAUCGCCGGCCUUCCUUGAGGUAAUCAUGCAAACGCGUACGGUUCCGCUUCGUUCUUACCCACUUCAGACCAUCCAUGAGCUCGUUAAGACUCGCUGGAUCUGCAGAACUACGGCCUGCCUUUCCGCUGUCUAUCACAUCGGCCAGCUUAACUUUCGCGAAGCGGUUCAAGAAUUCAAUAAGCGGUGAUCUUCCCUCUCCGACGCCAAUCACUCGUACAAGUUGCACGGCAAGUUCGUUGUCCUUGUUAAGGUCAAAUAACGGCAUCGACUGGUCUCUCCAGCUGCGAACUAAAGUGCGCAGGCGGCGGAAUGCCUCCUUCCCGCGUACUGCCUCGAAGAGGAUACUGAUUUGGGGCGCAACUUUGGCCUUACUUGGCUCAAUCUCGGUCUGCGUAGCCUUCCUCUUUCUUCGAGUAAGGGCUGAAGGCACGUCCAGCGGUGCUGAGACAGCCUUCGUGUCCAUUCGUGAGAGCCGAUUGUGUGUAGCUGGAGGCUUCCGUAGCGGCCGUACUGCUUCACUGCAGUGUGUUUCUGCUUGCGGUACUUGACUCUGGACUAUGUAAGUUGUCGUUUCCGCAUGCGGGUCGCGACCUUCUUCACAGACCGGGUGUGCCUUCCCUUGGCUCUUCACGACAGCGGGAGGAGUUGGUUCACACUGGAUUUGUGUAGGAGUACCAUGUUGUGUUUCGAUUUCGGUCAUGGAAUUCGCUGUGUCAUCAGCCUGCAAAUGGCAGUUGCCGCUACGCAUACGUGUACUGAGCGUCGCCUUGACAGUCCGCAAGUCUGCUGAAAUAUUAUCCAGGGCCUUGCAGAAUUGUGCUAUCCAACUUGGCUGCUUGUUCGUAUGCAUUGAGCGGUGGUCUCCAUUCCUGCAUAAUGUCCUGAAACUUUCGACCAAUCCAUUGAGCCGUUUCUCAAUACUUUCAACUUUCUCCGCCACGUCUUCCAUCACCACCUAUUGAUAAGUACAAGCUACGGCUAAAAUUGUUUGCCGACCGAAGCAAAAAUAGCGCAGUGAUCUCGAUCGUAAACUGAGGUGGAUUGAUUUGUGUGAGAAGUCUGGUGUAUGGGAAGCCUUGUGUAAGAAUACGGAACACGGCGGCUUGCAUUUUCCCGGAACUUGGAGUGGGUAGCCCUUAGGCACACAUCGACCUUAAUGCGGGGAGAUACUUUAAGACAGGAAUGGGCAACCCCUCCAAACAGACCCAUAGACAGGAGAAUAAAUGAGCUUGAUGUUUGUUUUCGCCCCU